AUGUUGGAUCUCGGAAUCGUAUUUAGGAUUAACGAAAUAAACUGUAAAAGACGACGCCGCGCUGUAGCCGCGGCCCAUAAUAAAGCCCUGUUUGACUCGGGUCAACCCUGUCCAGUCUCGCUGCUACUUCCCAUAUCCCUUUGGGACUCGAGAUAUUUUCGUGUUCCUUUUGUCUGCAAUCAGAGAUUUUGCAACCCUAAUUCGAUCUCGAGAUCUAAUCAGCUCUGCUCAGUUCUCAGUAUGGGAGACAACAACGAAGCUUACGAGGAGGAGCUUCUAGACUAUGAGGAAGAGGACGAGAAGGUCUUAGAUUCUGGAAAUAAAGUUAAUGGCGAUGCAGUCAAGAAAGGUUAUGUGGGAAUACACAGUUCUGGAUUCAGAGACUUUCUUUUGAAGCCGGAGCUUCUUCGAGCUAUUGUUGACUCUGGAUUUGAGCAUCCAUCCGAAGUGCAACAUGAAUGUAUCCCUCAAGCUAUCUUGGGCAUGGAUGUUAUCUGCCAAGCUAAAUCUGGUAUGGGAAAGACCGCUGUCUUUGUGCUUUCCACUCUGCAACAGAUCGAGCCAUCUCCUGGCCAGGUGUCUGCACUUAUCUUGUGCCAUACAAGGGAGUUAGCUUACCAGAUCUGCAAUGAGUUUGUGCGAUUCAGUACCUAUCUCCCUGAUACGAAGGUUUCAGUCUUCUACGGAGGAGUCAACAAUAAAAUUCACAAAGAGUUGCUGAAGAAUGAAUGUCCCCACAUUGUUGUUGGAACACCUGGUCGUGUCCUUGGACUCGCCAGGGACAAAGAUCUCUCUUUGAAGAAUGUGAGGCACUUUAUUCUUGACGAGUGUGAUAAAAUGCUCGAGUCUCUUGACAUGAGGAGGGAUGUGCAGGAGAUUUUCAAAAUGACACCUCACGACAAACAAGUCAUGAUGUUCUCAGCAACGCUCAGCAAAGAGAUACGCCCAGUCUGCAAGAAAUUUAUGCAAGAUCCAAUGGAAAUAUAUGUUGAUGAUGAAGCCAAAUUGACUCUUCAUGGGCUUGUCCAGCACUACAUCAAACUGAGCGAGACGGAGAAAAACCGCAAGUUGAAUGACCUUCUGGACGCAUUGGACUUCAAUCAAGUUGUCAUAUUUGUGAAGAGUGUUAGCAGGGCUGGGGAGCUAAACAAGUUGCUUAUUGAAUGCAAUUUUCCUUCAAUAUGCAUUCACUCUGGAAUGUCUCAGGAAGAGAGGCUGACUCACUACAAAAGUUUCAAGGAAGGCCACAAGAGAAUUCUUGUGGCGACAGACCUGGUAGGGAGAGGUAUUGACAUUGAGCGUGUCAACAUUGUUAUCAAUUACGACAUGCCAGAUUCUGCUGAUACAUAUCUUCACAGGGUCGGGAGAGCCGGUAGGUUUGGAACAAAGGGUCUCGCGAUCACAUUUGUGGCAUCAGCUUCAGAUUCUGAAGUUCUUAAUCAGGUGCAAGCUAGAUUUGAGGUUGAUAUAAAGGAGCUUCCUGAGCAGAUUGAUACUUCCACUUACAUGCCCUCUUAAAGUAGCAUCGGAGGAACUUCAGGUUAUAACAGGCGUCAUGGAGCUUUGCAAUCAUCAGUCAUCAUCACCUCUAAAUUUGUAUUCUAGCCGUUUUCUUUGUGGACAAAAAAAAAAAUCAUUUUAGACCGUUUUAUAACUCUUCCGUGAAGGAGAUUGAGUUGCUCUCUAGAUUGUACCGUUAAAACAUCUCAUGUUUGUGUAUAAUAUUUAUAAUGCUUUGUGCAUCACAAGAUCUAUAGUCUUUUAACCAAGAUGUACUGGUUCGUGCAUUCUUGGGAACCCGUGC